AUGAGCAGAAAAAACUCUCCUGAAAAAAUUCCAUUAUCAACACAUUCAGCCAGAAAUUAAGGUAAAGGUCUAAAUAUUAUUGAUCUUAUUACAAAGAAGAACUUUUAAGAAUAAGCACCAUCUACUAUUUUAUUUUCAGAUGAAAUAAAAAAACUAAAAUCAUGUGACAUGUGUUUAUAAUUAUAAAACGAACUUGACAAUCAUGUUAAAUAAGAUAGAUUUUAAUUAGUUAUUGAGAAACUAUGGAAAAAGUUUAGGAAAAUUGAAGAUGAAAAUUAAAAACUCUUAAUAAAAAUUGGUAACCUUGAAAGAUCACUUAUAGAAUAAUAAGAACUCUUUUAAGCAUUUAAUAACUAAUAUAUUAAUAAGUUUGGAUUGGAUUAACCUUAAGUUUCAUAUAAAUACAUUACAUUAGAAUAAGAAUAACUUGAAAGGUUAGAAAAAAAAGUUUCUAAAGAUGCACAAAAAGGAAUUAAAAACAUCGAAGAUAAUCUUAUAAAAAAUUUAAAUAAAGAAAUAUAAGCUAAAUUUAACUUUAUUUAAGAAUAUUAAUUAGAAACUAAUCUUAAAUUAACAAAUGUCUUUUAAUAAAUGGAUUUAUUACAUAAUAAAUUAGAAAUUCUAAUUCCAGAUCUCAUUGAAAAAAAUAAUAAUAUUGAAGCAACUCUAAAAGAAAAUAAUAAAAUCAUUAAUAGCCAUAAUAUUAACAUUUUAGAUAUCUAAAAAUAGGUAAUUUUUAUUAUUUAACUAAGUAUAGUGAUAUAGAUUCCGAUUUAAUCAAAAUAUUUCAACAUAUAAAAACUUUAUUAUAAACUAAUUAUAAAGUAGAUUAGAUGGAGUAAUCAAUAAAUAAUUUGAAGUUUCAAUUAAGUCAACUUACUGAUACGGUAAAUGAUAUUGAAGAUAUUAUAUCUAAAUCAUGA